ACUGCCUCAUUCUCCAUGUGGCCUGACUGAGGAAGGUUUGUGUUGGUGUGUGAGAGACAGGGAGAGAGAGGCAGUGCACCUCGUUAAGGCAAUCAUUUCCAAACCUACCAUUAAAUUUAUUAAUAAUUAUAUAUAUAUAUAUAUUUUUUUCUGGAUAAGACCUUGCUUUGACCGUUUCUCUUUUCACGUUGGAUCGCGGGCGCUAACAGAGGACACAUUACACCCGGUUACUUUGUAUUCCUGAAGCUGAGCUCGGAUACAUCGCUCGCAAAUACGGAAUCAAACCAGGCGGCAGCAGCAACAACAGCAACAGCAACAUGAUACAUUCCAUCUUUUUUUUUGUGUGUGUGUAACCAUUAAAAACUGCAGCGUUUCUUCACACGCUGACGGGAUUUCCGGAGCUGUUGUGUGUGUCUGUGUAAGAGGGGGAAAUCAGGUGCAGCUUGUCCAUUCCAAGGAGAACAGUUGUUGAGAAAAGCGGAAGAGCUUUGACCCACCAGGGAUCCCAGAUGUUCCAGGAAGGUCCACAGAUAGGAAUUCCGUUCCUCUCCAGCUUUUGGCGCUUGGCUUGUCAAUGUUUGGGCUACGUUGGGGAUGAAGCAAUGGGUUCUCACAUCCUCUAAUUACUUAAACGUGGAGCGAAAGCAGCAAAUUCUACUCGGAGUCGGAGGUUGGACUCUUACCCGCAACUUAACCUGGGAAUGGCCCUACAGAAUCCCACCUCUCCACCACGUUCGAGUGCAUUGUUAGUGGAAAUGGAUCCGGAAUAUAACCCAUCUUGCGAAUAACUGGACACGUCAUUCUGGAACAAGAUUCUUCUUGUUUGCAUCUUACCUUUUUUUGUGUUUUUUUUUUGUUUGAACAUGACCCAUGGAGAGGAGCUUUGCUCUGAGAUGCACCAGGAUUCAGUCGUGUUAACUUACCUCGAGAGUGUAUUAAUGCAUCAGGCGUCAGGGGGCAACAUGGGCACCCCAUCCACCAAGGGCACCUCUGACGAGGAAGGCGCUGCUUGCAAGACCUCCACCAGUCGGAGCAGCAGAGGAGGAGGGGGGGAAGGCUUUGUUGCCUCCCCCUCCCUCGAGCCCGCCGUCUCCUCCCAGCAGAGGACUUCGAAAGCCACCUCCGCACUGAACGUGAAGAAGGCCAGGCUACUGCAGGCUGAGGCCUGGGAUGGAGCCAAGAGGAGAAGGGUUUGUGGACAUGGGCUGGAGGCCAACAAUCAGGAGGGCAGUCUGCCCACUGCCAGACCUGGCAUGCUUGGCAAAGCACAGCAGCAGCAGCAGCAGCAGCAGCAGCAACAACAUAGCACGUUACUUGCCUCCUUGCUGCAGUCAUUCAGCACUCGAUUGCAGAACGUGGCACUGUCGCAGCAAAGCACUGCCCCCAGGCCUGGCCAGCUGCAAUCUCCGGGCACUCGCACCCCCUCACCGGAGGAAGAUCUGAGGAGCUACGGGCUGGUAUCCAGCCACCUAAGAGCCCUGCUGAAAAACAGGGAGCACAGUCGGACCAACCACCUUCCCAAGGAGAACGAGGGCCUUUACCAGAGUCCCGUUGACCAUCAAAGACUUUCCAGCUCCCCAGCCGACGGGCGGUCAGCAGGUGGACCCAUUUCCUGCUCUGCCCGGCUGAGAGCUGUGGCCAGCAUGGUGGAGAACGGAACCCGGCCCACCGGCUCGCCCAAACCCAGCGUAGCUUGCAGCCAGCUGGCCUUGCUGUUGUCCAGCGACACGCAGUUGCAGCAAUACACCCGCGAGCACUCGCUGGGAGCCCGAGCUGUGCCAUCCUCAGCCAGCGAGAGGCUGGCUGCUAUCGCCAGCCAGAAGGUGGCCGUGCCCUCUCAGCCUGACCCAGCCCAGGAGCGCCCGCCAAAGGACAGGUAUCACCAUGCCACGUCCAACGGCACCUCCACGGCGUCGGUGUGCAAGAGCCAGCCGGACAUCUCGGACCGAUCGGGGAGGCUUGCGGAUCACGCCAAGAGCCCCUCUAGCUCCAGUGAGAAGAGCGGCAGGGAACGGAAUCGAUCGUCCAUGUCCCCAAACAGCAGCAGCCUCCUUAUGCACCUUCUCAACGCCAACAGUGCCCCCAAGCCUUCGUCCAACAAUGGCACCGAGCCUGCCAAUGGCCACCGUUGGGUCGGAUCUGAGAGGAGAAACUUCCCUGGCUUCGAUUACCCCAGUCGUGUGCCGGCGUGGGAUAAGCCGUUGAAGCAGGAAGCCAGCUCCUUGGAGGAGGCCUACAGCAGUGACGAAAGCUCCCGCUCUAGUUGUACGCCCAUGGAUCUAUCAACCAAGCCCAGGAUAUGUGAGCCCAUCUCACUCCAGUCACGGAGCUUGGAGCAAAUGACUGAGUCUCUUCUUUUCAGCUGGAACCCCAAAACCCCGGGGGUCAGGAGCCCUGAGGCAAAGGAGGAUCGGAAUGGUCCUGAGUCAAAAAGCCAUCAAAAGGUCACUCUCCUUCAACUGCUUCUCGGCCACCAGAAUGGAGCGAAAGGGAACCAGACGCCUGAGCCACAAGCCCCUGAUCUCAAGAUCGAGAGCCCCAACUGUGUGGUGACACAUGCUGAGCCCCCGAUGGCCAGCUCAGUACUCAGCCGGCGAGUCAGGAGCCUGGAAACCUUUCCAUCUUCAUCAUCCUCUUCCUCCUCCUCCUCAUCCUCCUCGUUGUCUUCAUCCCUGCAAGGGGCAGAGAGAACCUCGGCGGUAAAGAUCACCCACAGCCCGCCAACCUCAGCCAGCCGGCAAGCCCAACUCUCGCCCCUCUGCCACGCCAAUGACGGUGCACAACGUAUCUUUGCCCGCCGGGGGAAGUCCUCAAGCGACAGGGAGCCCUUGAAGAACCAUCAACAUCUCCCGAAGCAGCUGACCCCGGCGGAAUCGACCAAGAGCCACCACUACCUGGAGCCGCUGCUCUCCUCUGAAUCGGCCAAAGCUCACCAAUUUCCCAAACAGUUACUCUCCAUGGAGCUGGCAAAGAAUAAUCAGUAUGUCUCAAUGCAGUCGCUCGCCACUGAGAGCAGGCUUUCCAAUUUUUCUUUCAGUGCCAGCAAGUUAUUGCAGGACCUCGCUCACACCGGCUUCCACAAGUCUCCAGAAGCUUCCCCAGCAGAGACUGAGAAUAAGAAUGUCGUCCUGGGCUCGAUGGAGGCCAGGGUAGGUGAGAGCUCUGGUGGCCUCCUGUUCAAUAGGUCAGCCGAAUCCGUCUCCUUCCAGCAGUCAGUAUUGCUCGAGUCCAGUGGCGGGCAGGCUAGACGCCCUCCCCAGGCAGGCCCAACAUCCAACGCAGAUCUCGAAAACCUGCUUGAAAGACGCAGUGUCCUUCAGCUGCUCCUGAGGACCCCAGAGAAGGACAAGGUCCCAGUGGGGAACUUGCAUGGAAGACCAGGCGACCAACAGACCUUGGCAGGCACACAGCCGACAGAGGCCCAGUGCAAUGGGCAAGCCACCAACACAGAACCUCUAUCCAUGGUCAAAGUCAAGACUGAGCCUGUUGAGGAAGAGGCUGGUUUCUCCUCAAACACAGGAAUAUUGGAUAAAAGUGCCAAUUUCCAGCCUCCAGUGCCAAGCAAGGCUGAACACAAACAUCCAGCCUUCCCCUUGGACAACAUGAAGCAAGAAGUGGCUUCCCCUCCUCUAUCCUCAGCUCUUGUUCAGUCCCUUUCCCCUCAGAAAGGAGGUGUUCUGAGCCAACUUCUGCAACGGGACAACAACGCGACCUUGGGUGGUUACAUCUUCAGUCAGCAUCCAAGCGCUGGCAGCCUCCUUGAGGCGCCAACGCCCACCUCCGGCUCCAACAGCCCCUGCAACAUUCCCAAGAAGAGGAAGAUUCUCUCCGCCUCCCCCACUGAACAGGAUGACUUGCAGAAGACGCUUGACCAGAGCGAGGUCCUGACCAACCACGCCAUCUGUUCCAGAGAGGCUACAAACGGACUUCCUGGCCCUCAAACCAGUGGCAGGCUGUUGGAUUUCCGGCCUGGCAAUGGGUUGGAGUUUGAAUCCCGCAGUAACAUAAAGGACACCCAAGGCUUUAAUGUCCUAAAACAGCUUCUCCUCUCGGAGAAUGGCAUCAAAGUCUUAUCCCAGCACCGGACAAUUCAAAACGGUGGCUCAGCCAGUGAGAGGGGGUCUCCCUGUGACCGGAAGCUGGAAGAUUGUCAUUCUACUCGCUUUUACAGUAAGCGUGACCCGGACGGGAGCGGAAAGGAGACCACGAGAGGCUUUGAGCCCGCCAGGUACCUCAACACCUUGCCCCCCAGCUCACCUGCGGAAAACUCAGCCGCCGCCCGGGCAGCAUUGGACUCGGAGCGCCCGGCGCCCUACCGAGGGCUGCAGGCGGACUCUCCCUGGUUGACCAAGACCAACCCCAUCCUCUAUUACAUGCUGCAGAGGAGUGGAGGUGGGGCGGAGGGCCAGACGCUUGGCCUCGGCGCCUCGAGGGGGGGCAGAGCAGGGGAAGGGGACGGCGCCAGGAGAGAGAGGAGGACGCCACGGCAGCGCUACGAGCACCCUGGCGGGGUCUCGCCCGAGCGCAGGGUGAAGGAAGAGCCCGGUGACUCUGUGGGCUGUUUCCGAAGUCGCAGUGCUCUGCCGCCGCCGGACCUGAGCGAAAGCACACGCGGGAUCCUGGAGAAAGUGGUGGCGAUAAAGCGGGAGCCCGAUUGAGAGGAAGUGAGAAAUGGAGGGAAUGAAAGAAAGCAAGAGGACAAUCUUGUCCAUUAGACCAGGUCU